AUGGGAGAGCUUUCAGUUGAGACUUCCCCGUUGCCUAAGUUGCACGCGACUCUUCGCGAUAUCUCCAACGAAGUUCACAACGGUCACGGCUUCAAGGUCGUCCGCGGUCUCCCAAUAGAUGACUACACUCGUGAAGAGAACGUCAUCAUUUAUGCUGGUCUGGCAUCCCACGUUGCGCCUAUCCGUGGUCGUCAAGACAACAAAUGGCAAGGCAAGCCCGCCGAUGUCCUUGUGGCCCAUGUCAAGGAUCUGAGUCAGGAGUGCGAUUCGAAGGACAUCCCCGGCCCUGUCGUCACUGCCGACAAGCAGGUGUUCCACACUGACGCUGGUGAUGUGAUUGCACUUUUCUGUCUCAGCGAAGGUCACUCGGGAGGUGAGAGCUUCCUUGCGAGCACGGGUCAUGUUUACAACGUUCUUGCUGCUACACGCCCUGAUUUGAUCAAGACGCUUUCUGAGCCCUGGGCUUUCGAUGACUUUGCCCCGAGUGGCGAUGUGUACAAGCUACGGCCCCUCCUCUAUUACCAGCCUGCCGCCAAAGCCGAUCCCGAGCGACUCAUCAUCCAAUACUCACGACGAAACCUGACGGGGUACAUGGACUGCAAGCGAUCGGCAAAAAUUCCACCUCUUACCGAAGCACAGGCUGAAGCCCUUGAUGCUGUUCACUUUACGGCUGAGGAGCACGCUAUCUCGUUGGACUUUCGCAAAGGCGACAUUCAAUUCGCUAAUAACCUCAGCAUUCUACACGCACUAGGAGCAUUCACCGAUGCACCCAACAAGCGACGUCACCUCCUCCGACUGUGGCUGCGGGAUCCAGAACACGAGUGGAUCAAGGCCAAGGACUUGCAAGAGAGAUUUGAUCGGGUUUAUGCCGGCAUCACCGUUGAAAGCUCCGUCUUCCCGCUGGAAGCUACCAUUCGCAGUAGCAAUGUGGCUACUUGA